AUGCCGUCCUGCACCCUCAGCUCUCAAGUCUGCGACCUCGAGCUAACCUCAGCCCGCGGCGAGCUCCUAGCAUGGCUUAACGAGCUGCUCGCGCCGAAUGUCAUCCAGAAGGUCGAGGAAUGCGGCAAGGGUAUCAUCUACUGUCAGAUCCUUGACUCCAUCUACGGUGACUUGCCCAUGAGCCGCCUCAAGAUGAACGCCAAGAUGGAGUACGAGUACCUGGACAACUUUAAGAUUCUGCAGAAGGCGUUCACGAAGCAUCGCAUUCCGAAGCCGGCUUGUGGCCGUGCUAACGCUCAGCCGAUCCCUGUCGAGCGCCUCGUCAAGUGCAAGAUGCAGGACAACCUCGAGUUUUUGCAGUGGAUGAAGAAGUAUUGGGACUCGAACUCGCGCGGGGAGGAGUACAACGCAGUCGAGCGGGCCGGCGGCCACCGUGCCGCACCGACACCACCGUCGCGCGGCCCCACUGCGCGUGUCGCGUCCGGUCGCCCCAGCCUCGCGUCCGCCGGCGGCGCCGCCGCUUCCCGCUCCACCAGCGCCGCUAGCAACGCGCAGAUCCAGCACCUCAACGCCCAAGUCGGCGAGCUCCAGUCCACGUGCGAGGGGCUGGAGAAAGAGCGUGACUUCUACUUUGCCAGUGACAUCGAGCUCAUUGUCGGCGAGCGCAUCAAUCUCGAAGACGUCGACGAGCAGGAACGGGAUACGCUCGCCAAGAUUCAGGAGAUCCUAUACCAGACCGAGGAAGGGUUCGAGGUGCCCGACGGCGAGGAGGGGGAGUUGCUGGAUGAUGAGACGUUCUAA